AUGGCUUCUUCAAAGCUCCUAAGCCAACCGCGGUGUCAUCGUCUCCUUCGAACAAGCCUUUUCAAUGGCAAGCUCCUUUCUGAUUUGCCUUCUCAACACCCUGUUUCGGUUCCUGAACCCAAAUCUAAUAACAAGUUCAAAAAUGAUUCUUCAACUCCUUCUUCAUUGAAGGAAGCUGAACCCGCCAAGUUCGCUGCCAUUGCCGAUACCUGGUGGGAUUCUGAAGGACCAUUUAUACCAUUGCAUAAGAUGAACCCUACCAGGCUUGCUUUCAUCCGCUCUACUCUUUGUCGGCAUUGCCACUUGUGUUUCUAA